AUGCACCGAUGUUAUGAAGAAAUAAAACCCUUAGCUCUGACUGAGCCCGAAAGAGAGAGGUUAUACUGAUUACUGAGAGGAGGCUAAAGCCAUGGCAGAUGAGAAUCACGUCUCAACCGAUACGAGUGAUGAGGGCAGCAGAUCUUUUUGGAAAGAAUUCUUCAAGCAGCAGUUCCAUUACUCCAAGUUUCUUACUUUCCAUAGAGACUGGCGGCUAUUCAUACACUCGCCGUGGCUGCCACAGAAAUGGACUUAUCAAACGAUAUAUGUUAUUUAUCGACUAAUCAUUGCAGUUUAUUUCUUUGGCUGGUUUAUAGCUACUCUCGUUGUUGGCACUGAAGUCCAUGGAUCAAAAUUAUUUAUAUUCCUCACUCACUGGGGAGGCAUUAUACUCAACCUAUACUUAUUAUCAGCUGCAGCUGUCACUCUUUUUUAUUUUAUUUAUAAACAUCAUUACAAGAAGACACCUCACAGAGAUCUGAAGCUCUCAGAUCUUCAAGACAGGCCUUUCCUCGAGAAACCCUGCUGCUUCAAACAGCAGGAGUCUCUCUCCGUCCCAUGGUACAUGCAGUUUGUUUGGAUUCUGUAUGUUAUCUCUUCUGAAAUGUCAAUAGAAGUCGUCGUGGGAUAUUGGCUGACUUUCAGCGGAACCGUUCACUCUUGGCCUGUCAAUCUUCACGAGCAUCUUUUUAACAUCAUUCCUGGCCUGAUUGACCUCUUUGUCACCGGACUACCGAUACGAUUCUAUCAGUUCUUAUAUAUAAUGGGAAUCAACAUUAUAUACGUCAUCUUUACUGCUAUUUAUUAUGCAGCUGGGGGGACCCAUUCAAACGGCAAUACGCACAUUUACUCCGUCUUUGAUUACGAGGGUAGAGCUGUUUUCUCCAGUUUCUCUGUUUUAAUAUUUGUGUUUGUUGUUCCAGUUGCACUCCAUUCCGUCUAUUGGGGGCUGUAUUGUCUAAGGACUUUCAUUCUUAGCCGGUUUCUAAAGAAAGCAUCACCAGAAACUCGACCAAGUCAGAGCACCUUCUCAGUGAUGGCUACUUCACCAGUUUAAUUUUUUGCAAGAGAUGCCACUGUUCAUUAAUAAUCAGUAUGAAUAAUAAUUUUUAAAAUUAAUUUUCAUUAAUCAUUAUUAUUAUUAUUAAUUUUUAUAACUCAUUAUCAUUAAUAAUCAUUGUUUCCAUGGUAACGAUGGGCGUAUACUA